CCCCCUGCCCCUCCCAUGCCAUGCCCGGUGCGUCGCCCAUACCGUGCCCAGUGUGUUGACCAUGCCGUGCCCGGUGCUGACAAUCCCUGUGUCGGGCUCUCUCUGCAGCUGGAGGAGUCCGAAUUCACCUGCGCGGCGGCGGUCAAGGCCCGCAAGUCCAUGGAGGUGGAAAUCGAGGAUCUUCACCUGCAGAUCGAUGACAUCUCCAAAGCCAAGGCAGCCCUGGAGGAGCAGCUGAGCCGGCUGCAGCGGGAGAAAAACGAGGUGCAGAGCCGCCUGGAGGAGGACCAGGAGGACAUGAACGAGCUGAUGAAGAAGCACAAAGCAUCAGUGGCCCAGGCCUCCCGGGAUCUGGCCCAGAUAAAUGACCUCCAGUCCCAGCUGGAAGACGCCAACAAAGAGAAGCAGGAGCUACAGGAGAAGCUGCAAGGGCUGCAGAGCCAGCUGGAGUUCCUCGAGCAGUCCAUGGUGGACAAGUCUUUGGUCAGCCGGCAGGAAGCCAAGAUCCGGGAGCUGGAGACACGGCUAGAGUUCGAGAGGACCCAAGUCAAACGCCUGGAGAGCCUGGCCAGCCGCCUGAAGGAGAACAUGGAGAAGCUGACGGAGGAGCGGGACCAGCGUGCAGCCGCUGAGAACCGGGAGAAGGAGCAGAACAAGCGGCUGCAGCGUCAGCUGCGGGACACCAAGGAGGAGAUGGGCGAGCUGGCCAAGAAGGAAGCCGAGGCCAGCCGCAAGAAGCAUGAGCUGGAAAUGGACCUGGAGAGCCUGGAGGCCGCCAACCAGAGCCUGCAGUCGGACCUGAAGCUGGCGUUCAAGCGGAUCGGGGACCUGCAGGCUGCCAUCGAGGACGAGAUGGAGAGCGACGACAACGAGGACCUCAUCAACAGUUUGCAGGACGUGGUGACAAAGUAUCAGAAAAGAAAGAAUAAACUUGAGGGGGACUCAGACGUGGACUCGGAGCUGGAGGACCGCGUGGAUGGAGUGAAAUCGUGGCUCUCCAGGAACAAAGGCUCCUCCAAAGCAGUCUCCGAUGACGGCAGCUGGAAGAGCUCCAGGCCGGCCCUGAACUCGGCCCCCAAGGAGGGGAAGGAAGGCAGAGAGCCCAAGGAGGCCGAGGAGCGGCCGGUCUCUGUCAUGAGCUCCCUGAGCUACAGGAAACGACUCAACCUGAAGGACUCUAUUGGUGGCCAGGGGGACGAGGAGACACUCUUCUCCACCCUGAGCGAGCGGCCGGCCUCCCCAGACAGGUCUUUCCGCAAGGCCAAGCGCAGCUCGGCAGCCAGCGGCCAGGAGGAGACCGGCUCCGUCAGCUCGUGGAAGAAGGCCCCAGGCAGCGAGGACCCUGAUGACAGGGGCUCUGUCAUCUCACAAGCCUUCUCGGAGGCCAGCAGCAGAGCCCGGAAGGGGCUGGAGAAGAGGUGGUCUGUCACCACGGCUGACUUUGACCAGGCCUCUGCCCUGUCCGCCCCGGCCAGCCGGGCUGCCUCCUCCCGACACGGGCUGGAGGCUGACGAGGCCGACGCUAGGUCCACACUGAGCUUCACGCUUUCAAGCCCGGGCAGCUUGCGGCGCAGCACGUCCCGGCUCAGCGAGCCGCUGGCUGGCGUCUCCAGUGCCCUCAGCCCACCGCUGAGCCACCGGGCAGAGCUGGGGCUGGAGACCUCGACCCUGGGCAGCCGGGUCGACUCUCGGCUCUCCCUGAGCAGGAGCCGGCUGGAUGAGUUGGAUGACGUGUCUAGCGUGGCUCUGAGCGACACCCGCUCCCUGUACAGCCAGCAUUCGCUCGGGCGCAGCUUCUCUGUGCCCCCCCGGCCCAGGACCUCCGCCUCCAACGAGAUGCAGCCGGAGGAUUCGGAAAUCCGGCCCGUCAGCCACCGCUCCUACCUGGACCCUGACCUGGAGGCUGCCAUCAAUGAGGUCCUCAACUACAAGCCCAUCAAGUUCAAGCGCUCCAGCUUGGACCCGGACUCGGAGGAGGAGGACAAGAGGAGCGUGCGGAGCGCCAGGAGCGCCACACGGCCGGAGAGCUCGGAGCGCUCCUUCAGCAGCCUGCGCCGCUCCGCCUCGGCCUUGGACUGCUCCCGGCCGCACAGCAGCAAGGGCCGGAGGAGCAGCAGCAGCUCCGAAGAGGACUCCUCGGAGGAGGAGCGCAAGAAGAGCGCCAAGAAACACGCCAAGAAGAAGUCCAAGAAGAAGUCCAAGAAGAAGAAGCUGCCUUCGGAUUCGGAGUCCUCCUCGGACUCCUCAUCCAGCUCCUACCACAGCAGCUCCAGCGUCAAGAAGGGCCCCAAGAAGAAGAGCCCGGCCUCUGAAGGGGAGGGAGCCGCAGAGGGGAGGGACACCAAGAAAUCAAGCAAGCGCCUGAAGAAGGAGGAGAAGAAGCGGAAGAAGCAGGUGGACAGCCUGAUGAUGAAAUACCUCUACCGGCCUGAGAGCGACUAAGGCACCCCCCAGGCUACCGCCGGCAGUUCGCCUGUGACAAAUCGGAGGAGGAGCGAGCCACUUUGGAAAGCAUGCCUAGGUCCAGGGACUCCUCCAGGGGCUACCUGAGUGACAGCGACACAGAGAGCAAGCCAGCGGAGACC